CACUGCGUGCCUGCGCCCUGCGACCGGGGCCUCUGACUCGAGGCCCUAUGGCGUGGGCGUGCGAUGGCACUCCGAUGGCGGCGGCACCCCGCGGCGGCGCGCCCCGGGGCGCCGCCCUGCCCAGGGGCGCGCUCGUGGCGCUGGCGCUCGGGGUGCCGAGGGCGUCCGCCGCCCGGAAGUACUGGGAGUUCGACCCCAGCCAGCCGCACAGGGUGGCCCUCAGCCAGUGCAGCGCGGGCUUCUCGUGCCCGGCCGGCCAGCGGCCCGUGCAGCAGCCCGAGGCAUCGCACAGGGCGUGGUCCUGGUCCGGCUGUGCCCCCGGUGCUCCCCUGGAGCGGGGCGUCGACGCACAGUCGGGAGUUGUCGUGCCCACCCCAGAGAUCUGCUGCAGGAUCAAGUUCGUCUGCGCCAGCACCUGCGGAAUGACGUUCGCGCAGUGCUUCAGCAGAUACUGGGAGUGCGUGGAGAGGGAGUGCCCCAAGCUUGGGAAGGCGGCCGGAUCCAAGCAGGAGCGGGAGGAGGUGGUGCAAGCCUGCGUUUCUGGCGCAACCAGGCACGACUUGAGCCAACUGCCGGCCACGCGGGGGGCCUUCGAGGAUGACAGCAAGCCGACGCUCAGCGGCCUAGACGAGCAGCGGAUCGUCGAGACGGAAAGCAGCGACUGGGAGCGCGUGAGUGACCUGGAACACGGCCACGACGUCAUGCGGUUGAGCCGGGAGAAGGCCCACAAGCUUGGCAAGGCACCGCGGGACAAGAGCCACAGGCAUUGCGCAGACUUCGACCUGCUUCAGCGGCAGGCGUGCGACUGCGUGCCGGCCGGGGAGUGGGACGUCAGGCUGCAGGUACGGCUGGAGGAUUUUCUGCGCCAGUACGAGCCAUCAAUGCUCAACAAGAGGGGCAAGCUGAAGAACAAGAGAGUCUGGAAAGACUACAAGGGCAAGCGCCCUGAGAUGUUCUUCAGGCUGUUCAUGGACUUCUCCGCGAAGGGUGCAGUGGCAGUGCGGAACUUCACGGCUCGAAGCUCCCCGAGCCGCGGGCGUGCUGGCCACGUCGGCGACGAGCUGUAGUUCCGAGAGAGGCUGGCGCCAAGCGCGCGGCGGGCGCCGGGCGACGCCACGAGCCACGGGGGCGGGGGGGGGCCGCGGGGCGCUUGUCACCGCAGAGAAGCGCUGCACGCGCCCCUCCCUCGGAGAGGUCGCGGGCGCCCCGGGUGGGGGCACGAGCCAGCCGUGCGGGCGGGGCGCCGGGCUCAGGUCGGUUCGGGGAGGGUGCCCUCGUGCUCGUCCUCAGGGCCCGUCUCGCCCCCCCCACCCCACCCCAAUGGCGGCAGCCGUCAUGCGGGCGGCGCGGUCGGUGAGGCGGCGCGCCGCCCGCGGCGGCGCCCUUUGGGGGGCCCCCGCGCGCGCGCGGAGGGCGGCGGUGCGGAGGAC